AUGGGCUCAGCUCAUCCCGACGCCGACAUCUACCCCGAAGCAACUGGACCAGCAGCUAAAAUCGUCGCGGCGCAUCAGAAAGAUGAGCCCAUAACUUUGUAUUCAGGCUGGUUUUGUCCGUUCGUGCAGAGAGCUUGGAUCACGCUCGAGGAGAAGAACAUUCCAUAUAAAUAUGUCGAGAUUAAUCCGUAUAACAAGGAGCCAAGUUUCCUCAAGCUCAACCCGAGAGGCUUGGUACCGACGUUGGGAUGUCCCCAAGAAGAUGGGACCACCAAGCCGUUGAUUGAGUCGAAUAUCAUCUGCGAGUACUUGGACGAAAUGUAUCCAAAUCAGACACCCUUAUGGCCGAAAGACCCGUACGUUAAAGCGAGGAUGAAGGUCUGGGUCGACCAUGUCACCAGCAGAAUCCUUCCAGCUUACCAUAGGUUCCUGCAACAUACAGAGAAGAGCCCGUACUCCUUGGAGAGUGCACGCUCAGAGUUCCUCAAUGCCAUCAAGACAUGGAUCUCCAACGCCGACCCGGAAGGCCCCUGGUUCCUCGGCAAGGAUUUCAGCUUUGGAGAUGUCGUCCUGGCACCGUGGGCGAAGAGGAUGUGGGUAUUCGACCAUUUCAAGGGCGGGCUGGGAAUACCCGAGCCAGGUCAAGGCGGCGACGACGAGAAGCUUUGGGAGAGAUGGCGUCAGUGGUCCGAUGCGGUCGAAGCAAGGAAAUCUGUGAAUGAGACGAUGAGUGAGAGGGAGCAUUAUCUCCCAAUUUAUACAAGGUACGCAGAAGACCGAGCACAGAGCGAGAUGGCAAAGGCCACCAGGGAGGGGAGGGGCGUGCCGUGA